UAGCAGAGGAAACGAAAUACUAUCGUCAGUACGUUACUGCCACUCUUGAACUGGCCGAAGCACAAUGCCGUUUCUACCGGUAUAACCUCCAACACAAGAAGAUGUCCGAUGAUGCCAUUGAGCAAGAGAGGAAGAAUACCAUCGCACAGUGUAAAGAGAUCGUCGAUCGCUUCAAAAUUCUGGUCAAUGAAAUAUUUCCCCAACUUCAGGCCAACCAUUUCCAAACCCAAUGUGAGAGCAGAAUGGAAAACAUAGUUAAAGAAAUUGAAGAAGUUACGAAUUUGGCCAGGGGGGGAGUAUUAACGAAAAAGGAAAAGCUACAAAUAUUUCAGGCAAUGAACGAAGAGUUUAGCGGAAGUGGUCAUUGGUAA